AUGAUGGACGUCAAUGUGAACCACGCCGGUUUUGAACGCCGGCUCUCUGUGGUUCGGCAACUCCUCCAUGACCUCGGGCUUCAGGCCUCUACCAUCUCGACUCUGGCCUAUGACGAAGAGUACGCAUUUCCAUUCAACAACUUUCUGUUCAAAGUAGAGCUGGCGGCGCCGGCCUUCACCUCAUCAUUUCCGGGGACUCAACCUGGUACAUGCAAAGCUCCGUCUGAGGGCGUCUCCACGCUAGUCAUCAAACUUAGCAACCCCGCGGCCCACGACGUGAACAAUGCCAACCGCGUAGCGAACGACGUGGCUUCACAGUACCUCGUCCGCGAGUCCAUGGCAAAGGCCGGGCUCCCUCCACUGGUACCAGACGUCUACGCCUGGGCGCCGGCCACGACUACCGACGAGGUAGACGAGAAGGGGUUCGGGUGGAUCAUGUCAGAGUUCCGGAGCGGCGUUGAUCUGGGCCCGGAGUUCUCCUCCCUUGACGUGGAGGACCAGAAGCAUGUCUUGGAGCAGAUGGCUGCCGUUCUUGGGGCCAUGCAAGCAGCAGAUCUGCCGGAAGGCGUCACCAAGUUUGGCGGCGGACUCGGUUUCGACUCGGACGGCUACAUCGUGAGCGGAGAGUCGCCAUCAAUGCAAGACGUGAAGCCCGCUGGGUCAUACGCGGAGUGGAGGAUAGAAAAGCUGCGGUCCCGGCUCGAACGAGCCGCCGGAAGCCCUGUUAUCCAGGGCUGGAAAAGCAGUGGCGUUGCCACCAGAAUCGAGAAAUUCCUCACCAGCGGCGGCCCGGAAAGAUUGCUUAGUACUGUCGACGUGCACAGGAAGUGCAUAACACACGGAGACCUGACCAUCUACAAUAUGCUCUUUGACAAGAAGGCCAAGAAAGUCACUGCAGUUCUGGACUUUGACUUCGCCUCCGUCUCUCACCCCUUCGAGGAGUUCAUCUCCAUAUCUUUUACCCAUACCGGCGGAAAUAUCGGUGACUAUGAUAUCGCGAUCAACCGGGCGAUUCUCUCAGGCGACUUCACCACGCCACCGGCAGACCUUCAUGAGGAAUCUGCCAAGGAGUGGGAGCUUGCCAAGACGUGGAAUACGGUUCUGCAGGAGAGUGCCGCUCUUGCUCCGAGCCAGAUCGAGGGCGUUGACCAGAUCUAUAACCUCAUGCAGUUGGAGAUGGUCCUGUGUCCGUAUCGGCUAAGCAGCGCGAGGGCGGUUGGGGAACUGGACAAUGAGGAGAAGGCUAGGCUGCGGGGGAAAGCGGAAGCAGACCUGGUGGGCUGGCUUGAGAAGCACGGGUAUUAA